AGUUCCGUACUUGGUUUUUCCUCCGGAGAACUUUUGGGUGGAGAUCACUGUGUGUGUGAAAGCUGCCCUGGGAAGUGAGGAGGACGAGGAGGAGGAGAAAGCGAAAUUUGUUGGAGAAGAGCGACUCCUUGUUUUUCCGAAGUCCCAUCCGUUAAGCCAUCACUUCUCAGAAGACUGAAGUUGUGGGACAUGGUGACGGCUGGGAGGAGAGGAGGAUUUCUUUCCAGCUGGAGACCCCCCGCGGUCUGCCGGGUCUCUGCCUCCCGCGUGCGCGUGUGCGCGGGGUGCGGGGCUCUGCGCGUGGAGUGUCGGCGCGGACCCGAGUGAAUGGCCCCCGGGGGCUGCGCGGAGCCGCCUCCGUCUGCGCAGGCCUGCGCCGGGCCUGCCAAGGCGCUCGCUAUGGGGGCGCUGGCAGGCCUGUGGGUCCUCAGCCUCCUCACCUACGGGUACCUGUCCUGGGGCCAGGGCUUGGAGGAGGAGGAAGGGGCCUUACUGGGUCAAACUGGAGAGAGACUAGAGCCCAGCACAACUGCCACCUCCCAGCCCCAUCUAAUUUUCAUCCUAGCGGAUGACCAGGGAUUUAGAGACGUGGGUUACCACGGAUCUGAGAUAAAAACGCCCACUCUCGACAAGCUUGCCGCCGAGGGAGUUAAAUUGGAGAACUACUAUGUCCAGCCGAUUUGCACACCUUCCAGGAGUCAGUUUAUUACUGGAAAAUAUCAGAUACACACCGGACUUCAGCAUUCUAUCAUAAGACCUACCCAACCCAACUGUUUACCUCUGGACAAUGCAACCCUACCUCAGAAGCUGAAGGAGGUUGGAUACUCAACGCAUAUGGUUGGAAAAUGGCACCUGGGCUUUUAUAGAAAAGAAUGCAUGCCCACCAAGAGAGGAUUUGAUACCUUCUUUGGCUCUCUUUUGGGAAGUGGGGAUUACUAUACACACUACAAAUGCGACAGUCCUGGGAUGUGUGGCUACGACCUGUACGAAAAUGACAAUGCUGCCUGGGACUACGACAAUGGCAUGUACUCCACACAGAUGUACACUGAGAGAGUGCAGCAGAUCUUAGCUUCCCACAACCCCACAAAGCCCAUAUUUCUAUACAUUGCCUACCAGGCUGUCCACUCCCCGCUGCAGGCGCCGGGCAGGUACUUUGAACCCUACCGCUCCAUCGUCAACAUACACCGGCGCCGGUACGCGGCCAUGCUCUCCUGCCUGGACGAAGCCAUCAGCAACGUGACGCUGGCGCUGAAGACGUACGGCUUCUACAACAACAGCAUCAUCAUUUACUCCUCGGAUAACGGCGGGCAGCCCGCGGCAGGAGGGAGCAACUGGCCUCUGCGGGGCAGCAAGGGCAGCUACUGGGAAGGCGGCAUCCGGGCCGUGGGCUUCGUGCACAGCCCGCUGCUGAGGAACAAGGGCGCCGUGUGCAGGGAGCUCGUGCACAUCACGGACUGGUACCCCACGCUGCUCGCCCUGGCCGAGGGGCGCAUUGACGAGGACGCUCAGCUGGACGGCUACGACAUCUGGGAGACCCUCAGCGAGGGCCUGCGUUCGCCCCGGGUCGACAUUCUGCACAACAUCGACCCCAUCUACACCAAGGCCAGGAACGGCUCGUGGGCGGCGGGCUACGGCAUCUGGGACACGGCGGUGCAGUCGGCCAUCCGCGUGCGCCACUGGAAGCUGCUCACGGGCAACCCGGGCUACGGGGACUGGGUGCCGCCGCAGGCUUUCAGCAACCUGGGGCCCAGCCGCUGGCACAACGAGCGGGUCCCCCUGUCCGCCGGCAAGAGCGUGUGGCUCUUCAACAUCACGGCCGACCCGUACGAGAGGGUGGACCUGUCGCACAGGUACCCCGGCGUCGUGAAGAGGCUCCUGCGGAGGAUCUCGCGCUUCAACAGGACCGCGGUGCCCGUGCGCUACCCGCCCGGGGACCCCCGCAGCAACCCUCGGCUCCGCGGCGGCGCCUGGGGGCCCUGGUACCAAGAGGAAAGCAAGGAAAAGAAGCCGGGCAAAACGAAGGCUGAGAAAAAGCAAAAGAAAAAGAAGAUGAAGAAGAAGAAACAGCCGAAGGCAGGCUCGUUUCCAAGCUGCCACUCGGGCGUUCCCCGGGGAUGAGCGCAGACGCUCCCUGUUCGCUUGAGCUCAGUUCAGGUCUCAUCCUUCACCUGUCGGCCAGGUGAGCCCGCAGAUUCGGCUCCAGAGUCUCUGCCCGACGUGUCAGGCUCGUUUCCGUGCGGUGCCACUCCCAUGCCACCCGGCCGCUCCAGAGACCGUGCCACCCCAGAGACCGUGCCACUCCCGUGCCACCCGGCCGCCGCGUGGAGACGCUCUGCCCGGCGCCGACGGUGCUGCCCUGGCGUUGCGGGCCCGGAGGGAACGGAGAUGCGCGAAAGGUCCCGAGUGCCGCGCUGGGCUUCCGGCCGCCGACCGGGCUCUGCGCUUUGGAUCACCGAGGGGACGGAGGCCUGCAUGCUAGUCUGACGGAAGCUGCAGGGUAGCACGGUGAAAAACCACCUUUGAUUGAAGUACAAAGGUGAUGUCACCUCAGAGGCCUUGAAGAAUAUAUUUUCUUAGUGAAUUUUUGCAUCCCUGUCCUAUGACACUUGGGAUUCUUAAUUCUAUGUCGUGUAUCAUUUCCUUUCCUGUGAAAAUAAGUUGUUUUUUUUUUCACAUGUGAACAGCUUGCAUCUCAUUUUAUCAUGCAUGAGGGAAUGUCACACAAGAAUGUUUGAGCACACUGCCAACAAUGAAUGUAACUGUCGUCUGAAUACUUUAAUAGAAUAACAAUUCAGUAUAAAGUACGUAAUUUAUUUUUACAGAAAAUAUUAAAUAUUUUGUUUGCAUAAAAAGGUAUGCAAAUGAUUUUAAUUUUUAUUUUAUUUUCUGCAUACCAUUAGAAGAGUUGUUUUACAUUUCUUCGAGAUUACCAAGCACUGUAAUACUACAAAUUACUGUAAUACUGUGUGAAUUCAUAGACUAUAAAAAGAAAAUUAUUCCAAAAACAUUAUUAUCAUCAUUGUUCAACCAUUAUUUUGAAUGUAAUAAGAUGAAUAUAUUCCUUACAGAUUACUUGGAAAUUCAGUGUUUGUGCAGAGUUGAGACAACUUUAUUGUUUCUAUCAUAAACUAUUUAUGUACCUUAAUUAUUAAAAUGAUUUAUUUUAUGGCAC